UCGCAAAAGAGGGAGGACUACAACAAAUUUAAUAAUGGAUACAGACACUGCGGUCUUUACGCGGUCUUUACGCGUAUAUUCUCAUCUUGCUCUAGCUCCAUCAUUGCAUUAUGUCAAGGUAUAUAGAUAUUGCGGGCUCUCACGUUUAUUUCUAUCGAUCAUAUGCAAAGUCUUGCAAGCGAGGACAAAAACUACUUUUACCGAUGCUUACUUAUUUCUGCCAUUGUAUCUAACAUUUUUUUCUUAUGUCUGUCGCAAUGCUUAUCACGCAGCCAUUCAGAUACCAUCAGUGAAAUUGAAUUGGCGCUGUAUAUGAAAAGAUAAAAAGUUCGCUUUGAAGCACUGAACCGAAUUCAAAAAGCUACUACUGUUACUUGGCGGAAUGGGGACGAGGAUGUGGUGGCCUCCCUCCCAAGAACAGAUAAAACCACAAAAUUUUUAGUUGGAAACGUUCAACCCUCCCAGUCUACAAAGGCUCUAGGGCCUAUAACCACAUCCUCGCCCUCAUUCCGUCAAGUAACAGUAGUAGCCUUUUGAAUAGAUGGUAAUUGAGUGUUUCAAAAACUCAAAUAUAAGCAUUGGUUGUUCUGGAGGGUCAGAGUAUUUCCAAGCCUACCGGCCAGAUUAUUGACGUCAUUCGUAUUUCAUUGCAUUGUACAUAGCACACAAGCAAUUACACCGCAUAU